AUGGCAGCUAAAAGUGCAUGCCCCACGGGCGAUUACUACCCUUCAUACUGCCAUAAAGCUGCGCCCACGCAUUCCACCUGGGUGAAACUAGGUAUUGACGAUGUCCGCUGCUUGAAGCAGCCGCGGGAGUUCCAAGGGCAUCGGACUUAUUUCUACAACAACCACCCCAUUGAAUUCAUCUGCCUCGCAGGCAUAAUCGUUUCGCGCGAUGAGCAGACCUUGCGCACCAUCCUAGUUCUCGACGAUAGCACUGGCUACACCAUAGAAAUCGUCUGCUCCAAAGCGGCUCCCCAGAACCCCUUCAUACCUACAACAGCAACAGCAGAGGCACCCACCACCACCACCACCCCCGCUACCCAUCUUAGAGCUGCCACCAAGGCCCCUAUCGACAUCUCCUCCCUCUUCCCCGGCGUCACCUCCAAACUCCAAGGCACCAUCACCCGCUUCCGUGGCGCCCUCCAGCUCCAUCUCGAGCGCUACACCCUCCUGCGCAACACCAACGAAGAAAUGCACUUCUGGGACCAGAAGAAUCGGUUUUUUGUGCAAGUGCUGUCUGUACCGUGGAUGCUGACGGCUGAGGAGAAGGAGGCGUUGCGCGUGGAGGAAGUGAGGCGGGAAAAGUGGAAGAGGUGCAAGAGAGAGGUGCUGGAGAAACGGGAGCAAUUGCGGGCUGAAAAAGAGGAGAGGGAUCGGAAGAGGAUUGAGAGGAGCUAUGAGAAGAGAUACGAAAGGGCGAAGUAUGCGAAGAGGUGUCUGGAGGAGGCCCGGUCGUUGAGUCGUAGAACGAAGGACCGGUGA